CCGCCGUCGGGUCCCCACUGGAAGGCGCCCUCUGUGCGUCUCUUUGUCUCUCUGGCCGCCUCUGUGUGUCUGUGUCUUAGUCUCUGUGUCUGACUCUGCAUUUCGGCUUGGGUGUCUCUCUCCUACCCGCUUCUCUCAAAGUCGUGUCUGCCUCUGCCUCUCGUGUCCCUGUCUCUGCAGCGCCCUUCCCGUCUCUUGUCUCUCUGGGUCCCUAGCUCUCUCCCUCUCUAAAUCUGUCCCUAUACUGUGUACUGUCCCUAUAGCUCCCGGCGUCUCUCUAACUCUCCCUGCAUCGCUCUCCCACGUCUGUGAAUUUCUCUGCGUCCAUUUUCCGUCCUCUCCCUCCAGUCCCUGGCUUCCUCCCGAGACUCCUUUGGUCCCGAGUCUCCCCUUCAUCUCCCGCCGGGCCCUCCUCCCUGUGGCCACCUCCUCCAGAGACCUCGCGGGGCCGGUGGGCGGCUGGGCGUGCUGUGCGCGCCCUCCUGUGGCCGGCAGGGGCUGCGUGUGAGCGCCAGAAGGGGAGUGCUGGGGAGCGAGGGACGCUGGUGUUCGCGGUGACACCGGGAAAUGGCGUGUGACACCGGGAGACUGUGUGUGUCCUGACGUGAGAUGGUGUGUGACACCGGGAGAUGGCGUGUGACACGGGGAAAUCGUGAGUGUGCACUGCCGGGAUAUGUGUGACAUCUGGAGAGUGUGUGAGUGUGCACUGCCGGUAGAUGGUGUGUGACGCCAGGACACUAUGUGAGUGUGUACUGCGUGAUGGUGUGUGACUCCAGGGGAUCUGUGAAUGUGCACUGCCGGCAGAUGGUGUGCGACUCCAGGACCAGGACACUAUGAGUGUGCACUGCCGGGAGAUGGCGUGUGACAUCUGGAGAGUGUGAGUGUGCACUGCCGGGAGAUGGUGUGUGACAUCUGGAGAGUGUGAGUGUGCACUGCCGGGAGAUGGCGUGUGACAUCUGGAGAGUGUGAGUGUGCACUACCGGGAGAUGGUGUGUGACAUCUGGAGAGUGUGAGUGUGCACUGCCGGGAGAUGGCGUGUGACAUCUGGAGAGUGUGAGUGUGCACUACUGUGAGAUGGCGUGUGACAUCUGGAGAGUGUGAGUGUGCACUGCCGGGAGAUGGCGUGUGACAUCUGGAGAGUGUGAGUGUGCACUGCCGGGAGAUGGUGUGCAAUGCCAGGAUCAGGACACCCAAAGUGUGUACUGCCAUGACGGUGUACUGGUGAGAUGGCAUGUGAUGUUGGGAGUCUGUGUGUGACUGAUAUUGUGAGAUUAUGUGCAAUAAGGAGAGGCUGAGUGGGACUGCAUAUGUCAGAGAUGACAUGUCGCUGGCUGUGACACUGUGAGAUGAUUGGUGAUGCUGAGCGAUGGUGGGUGACUGUGUGUGCGGAUGAGAGGUUGUGAUAGGGUGUGGGAGAGACACUCUUUGGGGCUCUUUAUGUGACACAGAGACCAUCUGUGGGAGUGAGACAUCGGUGUGUGUGAGGGGGCAGUGUGUGUGACGGUGAGCAUACCGUGCUGUGUGCCACACAAGCAGACUGUUUGAGAUAGAGCGAGACUCACAACCGGUGUAUACUGAGAGGUGGUGUAGGCAGUGUCAUGAGAGGCUCACAGGGGGCCUGGGACAGACUGAGUGUGUCAGAUAGUUUGUGUUGACCACACUGUGUAUGGCUUGUGAAAAAGUGUGUGAUUUGGGCACAGUGCUAUAAUCCCAGCACUUUGGGAGGCUGAGGCGGGUGGAUCACAAGGUCAAGAGAUUGAGACCAUCCUGGUCAACAUGGUGAAACCCCGUCUCUACUAAAAAUACAAAAGAUUAGCUGGGCAUGGUGGCGCGUACCUGUAAUCUCAGCUACUCAGGAGGCUGAGGGAGGAGAAUUGCCUGAACCCAGGAGGCGGAGGUUGCGGUGAGCCGAGAUCGCGCCAUUGCACUCCAGCCUGGGUAACAAGAGCGAAACUCCAUCUCAAAAAACAAAAAAGAAAGAAAAGAAAAGAAAAACAACAACGAAACCCCAAACUGUGUGACUACGUGUGACACUGAGCUCGUGAGAGAUGGCAGUGUUGUGACAGCGAGUGUAAGUGUGUGCAGCUGUGCAGGCCAUUCAGAAUCGAGAGUGUAAGGGAGGCCAUGUGUGUAGAAGACAAGAAAUUAUGGACAGGCGGGAGUGAGUGUAUGAAACGCUGCGAGACUGUGUGGGACUCUGCGAGACACUGAGCUAUCAUGGGUAGCCAGGUAUGACACCAGGAGAUGAGGCGCAUGCAUGUGUGUGACAGGGACAGACUGUGUGUGGAGGGAAUGUGUCAGAUGUGAGUGACAUUAGGAGACUGUGAGAAUGUGACCUUCCGCGGGUGUGUGUUACUAUGAAAUGCUAUAAAAUAGUGUGUACCUGACAGGUCGCAUGGAUAAUUACAUGCCACCACGAGACACAGACCGUGUGAGACUGGGACAGGGUGUGAGACUGAGGGAGAAGUUUAAAUGGCAUACAAGGCCAGGCGCAGUGGCUCAUGCCUGUAAUCCCAGCAUGUUGGGAGGCAGAGGCAGGUGGAUCACCUGAGGUCAGGAGUUCGAGACCAGCCUGGUCAACAUGGUGAAACCCUAUUUUUAGUCUCUACUAAAAAUACAAAAAUUGGCCAGGUGUGGUGGCAUGUGCCUGUAGUUCCAGCUACUCAGGAGGCUGAGGCAGGAGAAUCGUUUGACCUUGGGAGGUGGAGGUUGCAGUUAGCCGAGAUCCUGCCACUCCAGCCUGGGCGACAGAGUGAGACUCCGUCUCAGAGAAAAAAAGGGGGAAUGCAAAUGUGUGUGACAUUUGGAGAUAUUAUAUGUGACACUAUGACAAACUGCUGGCACGUUUGAUGUUCUGAGAUGAUUUAUCUGACUGUGCAGCCCUGGGGUCGCCAUUGGUGGUGGCCGUGUGUGGCAUUUGGGGCAACCACGUGAGGUGGUGUUGAGCAAGGUGAUUUGUGAAACUGCGUGGUGCUACCGCGUGAUAGAGGAAGAUAGUGUGUGUCUGUGUGAGGGACAGUGAGCAGGAGGCUGGUGGGGUGACACUGAGGUGGCGAGUGUGGCUGAGUGAGAAGCUUUGUGGGACACGCUGGGGAGGUUUGUGUGACUGUGGAUCAAAUGCAGUGAGGCCCGGGGCCCAGCCAUUCUGGUGAGUUUGAGAGAGGCACAGAGUCACAGAGGACAGCAGCGGCAGAGACACAGGGAGAGGGACAAAGAUAGGACCUCCAGACAGGAGAGUAGGCCCAGAGAGGCAGCCCCAAGGCUGGCGGCGGGGGACAGUGGCAGCGGAGACGUGGCUGCGGGAGGAGGCGGGUCCUUGGGGCUGCACCCCAGGGGAGGGGGCGGGACAGGCUGGAGGGACCCAGACGCUGCUUCUCAGCCUUGGUCACCGCUGCCAGCUGGCCCUGAGCAGCAACAGCCAUGUCCAACAACAUGGCCAAGAUUGCCGAGGCCCGCAAGACGGUGGAACAGCUGAAGCUGGAGGUGAACAUCGACCGCAUGAAGGUGUCGCAGGCAGCGGCUGAACUCCUGGCUUUCUGCGAGACGCACGCAAAAGACGACCCGCUGGUGACGCCAGUGCCUGCGGCAGAAAACCCCUUUCGCGACAAGCGCCUCUUUUGCGUUCUGCUCUGAGCCCUCCGGACAGCUUACCCUCCCCUGCCAAAGUAUGGAUCUAAUAAAACUUGGUCACUGUC